AUGUCUACAUCUAAAACGAUACAUGAAUAUUUCGGACGAAAAGUGUCAGAUUGGGAUAUUGUAAGAUUCCUCGAUGAAUGUACCAAUAUAGAAUCUUAUAGACAAAAAAUAGAAUGCUACUUAUCAUCUCUCGAGUUGAUAGCCAAUACUGAGAAUGGUCAAAGGCGUAAAAAAGCGCUGGAACUUCAAAAACUCUACAGGGAGGCAAGUAUUAGAGGUAAUCGACCCGACAAAAAAAGAGCGAAGGAAUGGGAAAAGAUGCAUUCGUAUUCGCGGAUUCAUAUUCAUCGUUCGACUAUAAACGGGACAGUGCAAGGGAUAACAAAUGGUGUAUAUGGGACUAUGAGUGGAGGGGUGUUCGAUGUAAAGCUUGCGCCAAAGAGAAGCAAUCAGAAAGAGGACAAUGACGAAGGUUCAAAGCGGACGAAAAUCGAUCAAUAUUUCUAUGCUCGCGCUGUGACCCCACUCACGCUUUCACAAGAAAAGAGUAAAGUUAAUGCGGAUUCGCUGGAUUGCAGUGAUGUGAAAGACUCGCCUUCACAAGAACAAGAACUACCACCAGAUGAGAUUUGA